CUCCACCCCAGUCUCAAGAGGCGAGAUUUAGGGGAGGCCGGCUUCCAGUCCACGCCUGUGCGGAGCGACACGGCCCGGCCUCACGUCGCAGAAGAAAAACUUGAGACACGUCGAUCAAUGUGUUAGCGGAUGUUGGAGGGGGGACGAUGUGAAGAUUUGCAGUGAGUAGCGGCGCUGUUGCUGGAAAGCUCGAACGCAAGCGGGGGAAAGAUGGCGAGGAGGCGCAUCCACACGAUCCUCGCUUCGCUUCUGCUGGGACUUUUCCUCCUCCAUGUGUCGGUGAAAGGAGUGCAACAACAGGGACAACAGCAGGGGGAGGAGGAGGAGGAGGAAAGGUCCUGCCAGGGCGCCUUCGACCUCUAUUUUGUUCUGGACAAAUCUGGAAGUGUGAAGCAUCACUGGAUCGAAAUUUACUCUUUUGUGGAGCAGCUGGCAGAGAAAUUUAUCAGUCCCAUGUUGAGAAUGUCCUUCAUCGUCUUCUCCACGCAUGGCAAAAUCAUCAUGAAGUUAACUGAGAACAGGGAGGCCAUCACUGGUGGGCUCAGAGCUCUAAAAAGUGUGAUUGCUGGAGGAGAUACAUUUAUGAACCUUGGUCUGGAAAUGGCAAAUGCACAGAUAUAUCAAGAGAAUCAAGGGACAGCCAGUGUUAUCAUCGCGUUGACUGACGGGGAAUUGAACGAGUGGCAGUUUGACACAGCUCAGCGAGAGGCUCAAAGGGCCAGGUCUAUGGGAGCCAUUGUUUACUGUGUAGGAGUCAAAGAGUUUAACCAAACCCAGCUUGCGACCAUUGCGGACACUAUGGAACAUGUGUUUCCUGUGUGGGGGGGCUUCCAAGCCCUCAGGGGAAUCAUUGACUCGAUCAUCAAGAAAUCCUGCAUCGAGAUCCUCGCAGCUGAGCCAUCCAGCGUGUGUGCGGGAGAGAACUUUCAGGUGGUGGUGAGAGGAAACGGCUUUCUCCAUGCCAGAAACAUCGACCAGGUCCGCUGCAGCUUCAAACUAAAUGACACACACACUGUCGAUGAGAGACCAGCCGGAAUAGAGGAUACAUUCCUUCUCUGUCCUGCUCCUGUUGUCGAAGAGGCAGGGAGGGUCAUCUACUUGCAGGUGAGCAUGAAUGAGGGGAUCUCCUACAUCACCAGCUCGGUUCACAUCACAACUACUGAAUGUUUUGACGGCACCAUCGUGCUGAUCUCUCUGCUGGUGGUGUUCUUGCUGUUGGCCCUGCUGCUCAUGUGGUGGUUUUGGCCUCUCUGCUGCACUGUGGUCAUCAAAGAACCUCCCCCUCCACCUCCCCCAGAACCUGAAUCGGACGAUGAAGAUGGGAUGCCCAAGAAGAGAUGGCCCACAGUGGAUGCGUCUUACUACGGAGGACGAGGAGUGGGAGGCAUUAAACGCAUGGAGGUGCGCUGGGGGGAGAAGGGCUCCACCGAGGAGGGCGCCAAGCUGGACAAACCCAAAAAUGCUGUCGUCAAGAUGCCAGAGCAGGAAUUUGAGCCUUAUGAACCCAAGCCUCGCAAACCCAACCGCCGGCCCACCCAGCGAAGGAGGUGGUACACGCCCAUUCAGGGGCAGCUAGAUGCUCUGUGGGCUCUCUUUAGAAGAGGCUACGACCAAGUCUCUUUGAUGAGGCCUCAGCCUGGAGACCAGGGCCGCUGCAUACGCUUCCACCGGGUCAAAGAAGGCGAGUCGGCCACCUACGCCCGCGCUGCCCCCUCUCCACCAUCCUCGCCCCUUCCCACCGCUUCCCUUCCUCCCGCGCCUGCCGAGCAGCGACCCCUGGUCUCCAACUCGGUCCCCCGCACCAAGCCCCCUUCCAGAGGGCCCCGCACCACGCCUCCGUCACGCACACCCCCUCCUGUGGCACGACCCCCACCCGGGCCGCCCCCAUCCCGCGUACCCCCGGGACCACCGCCUUCCAGACCCCCUCCCAGGCUGUGAUGAUGAUGAUACAAAGUGGUCCAACUCCUGCAAGCCUGUGGGCAUUGUUGCUGGACAGCAAAAACACAAAAUUUAUCCUCAAGUUUAAAUCAGCCAACCAUUUUGUUACUUCAGUACUCUCAUGGCGACAAAUAGGAAGAAAACAGCAUGUAGAAGUCCAUGUUUGAUUCUCGGUCAGGGGGUGAACCGAUACAGUAUGACCUUUGGGCAGAUACUAAUUCUUCAGUCUUCUUCGAACCUAACAUGCAUGUUUGUGGGAAUGUGGGAGAGAUUGGAAGCAAGAACCUCAGAACUGUGAGGCAGACGUGCUAACCAUUUGAUGAUUAACAGUUCUAUUGUUGCAUUAUGUUCUUAGCAUCAUAGGAAAAAGGUUCCCUGCCCUUUCUGGAAUGAAGAGAAUGUUAUGUAUGAGUAACUUUGCUUCGGUUUUGUUAGAGGAGCUUUUAGGAAAAACAUGAGUGUUGUAACGAAUAGUAAGUUGAAAAAUGUUUUAAAUGUAGACUACCCUCGGAGUUGCUGCAGAUUAGGCCGACGGUCCUUUUACAUUUCCCAACCAGCUAACAUUCUUGUGGCAACUGCAGGGCAGUUUCUACAGAUUUUAUUUAUUUUUAUUUAGCCAUGGCUGAGUUCAACACUAGGGUCUCUCUUUUUCGGGCAAUUUCAAGUUGUGUGUGUGGUUUGUUUUUUUUAAUGCUAGCAAGCCCUUUAGACUGACAUCCAUUUGUGGUCUUUUUACAAUUUUAGUACCAAAAAUUGCCUUGUGCUUGUCUCCAUUUCCUGAACUGACUGAAAUGAUCAUUUGCAUUAUUUCUGUAUUAACAACUUCAAUAAACAUUUUUUUAAUGA